GACGCUCCUUCAACAACAACAGCUAGUCAGAUACCUCGUUAGCUUUCUAGCAAACAUAGCUACAACAUUCACGCUAUUUACACUGUUUUGGUGUAUAUUAGUCGCUCUGUAUUAAACAUACUUCUCUCGUAUGUACUUGUUGGCCUAUGUAAUUAUAUAUUGACGUUGUUUGUCAGCUAGCUGGUUUACUAAGUUAGCUUAGAACUAGGCUAGUCGCUAAUGCUAGCUAGCUAACAUCCCCGACCAUGAGCUCACUAAGCUACUCUCCUGAUAAAGAAGAUGAGGUCUGCUGGACGGAGAAAGAAACUCUCGUGGAAGAGGAGGCUGUUUCAAUUAAAAAACAAGUAGAGGGUGAGGCUGUUACCGUGAAAGAAGAAGAGAAAGACGUUUCAGUGAAAGAAGAGGAAGACGCGUUCAGAGUGAAAGAGGAGGAGGAUGUUAUAGUAAAAGAAGAGGAUGAUUCAGUUUCUGGAGUGAAAGAGGAGGAGGGGGAGAUGACUGUCACAUUGGAGGAAGAAGAGGAGGUUGGAGAUCUGUUUAACACCAGAGAAAGACGUGACGAUCUUGCAUCCUCUUGGGAGCCUCAACAACCUCAUGAUACUGACGAGGCAGAGAAGAUUCUCUCCAGUACAGAACAUCUCAAUAAACACCAGCAGAGAUGCACAGGGAAGAAAUCUCACCACUGCUCUCACUGUGGGAAAAGUUGCAAAUCUUCAUCAGAACUUAAAAUACACCUGAGAAUUCACACAGGAGAGAAACCUUUUGCCUGUGAUCAAUGUGGGAAGAGUUUUACACGGCUACAAACCCUGAAAUCACACCAGAGAAUACACACUGGAGAGAAACCUUAUAGCUGUAAUCAAUGUGGGAAGAGUUUUACGACAUCGAGCUAUCUAACUAUACACCAGAGAACACACACAGGAGAGAAACCAUAUAGCUGUGAUCAUUGUGGGAGCAGUUUUACUACAUCUAGCUAUCUAACUAUACACCAUAGGACACACACAGGAGAGAAACCGUAUAGCUGUGAUCAUUGUGGGAAGAGUUUUACUCAGCCAGACAGCCUGAUAUUACACCAGAGAACACACACAGGAGAGAAACCAUAUAGCUGUGAUCAAUGUGGGAAGAGUUUUUCUACAUCUAGCGUUCUAACUAUACACCAGAGAACACACACAGGUGAGAAACCAUAUAGCUGUACUCAAUGUGGGAAGUGUUUUUCUACGUCUAGCUAUCUCACUAUACACCAGAGAACACACACAGGAGAGAAACCAUAUAGCUGUUAUCAAUGUGGGAAGAGUUUUGCUCAGCUAAACAGCCUGAUCGUACACCAGCGGACACACACAGGAGAGAAACCUUAUGGCUGUGGUCAAUGUGGAAAGAGUUUUGGUACAUCUGGCUGUCUGAAGACACACCAGAGAACACACACAGGAGAGAAACCUUAUAGCUGUGAACAAUGUGGGAAGAGUUUUUCUACAUCAAGCUAUCUCACUAUACACCAGAGAAUACACACAGGAGAGAAACAAUAUAGCUGUAGCCAUUGUGUGACCAGAUUUGCUUGGCUAAACAGCCUAGUAUCACACCAGAGAACACACACAGGAGAGAAAUCUCAUAGCUGUGCUCAAUAGGGGAAGAAAUACUCUGAUAUAAGAUCUCUGAUUAAACAUCAGAAAAUAUGGAGUUUUUUCAUGAUAUCAAUGAAAUAAUGUCUUAAUGUAGAAUGUUUUUAACAUUGUAGUAGGAGUAUUUUAAUGAAUGUCAGAAUGUAGAACCCUAAACGUUUGCCUUCUGUUCUUUUGAUUUUAGCCUCAGGGGACAAUUCCAGGUUCUGUAUUGAAAGAGUACUAUUUAUGAGAUUUAACAAAAAGUGACUAACUAAAAAAGAGUUGUUACACUUACCACGUUGGUGACCCACUAGAAUUAAAAUGAAAUCCUUCAAAAUGUAGCUGGUUGUUUUCUACAAAUUGUCUUCUAACCAGUGAUGUAUAGAUUAUUCCCAGAUUCCGUGUGGUUUUUGCUGUGUUGGUUUUAACAGGAUGUGCAACCUCAUCUCCCUCCUCUCGCACAAUUUAUUUCAAUAUGAUAUCGAUGAGUGAUGACAAAUAAGUGUUGUGUUCUUUGUAUAGCCACCCCUACAUUUAAAUGCAUCACUCCAAAAUGUAGCUGACUGUCUUCUGCAGGUUGUCCUCUAACCAGUGAGGUAAAAGAUAUCUCCCAUUUCCAUGUGUUUUUGUUUAGUUGUGUUUGUUUCAACAGCACGUACAACCUGAUUUCCCCCCUAAUCGAUAUCAGUGAUUUAUUGCCUCUUGUCAAAACAACAGGGUUUGUGGUGCUUGUGUACUUAAUAAGGUGCUUGUUUAACAAAUACAAGUCAGAGAGAAUAAAGUUGGCGGCACACAAACGUUUGAUGUAUGACCCGAUGUCCGGAUGACGUGCUUAUGCCCAUAUGUGGGCAUCUUGUUCCUGUUCUCACGCGUUAGAGGGUGUGCCUGCGCUGCGGAUGAGAGAAUGGCUUAAGAAAAGGCUUGCACUCUGUCAAAUUGAACAGGCCCUGAGUGGUACAACUCUCCACGGAUAUGCAGUGGAAGAACUGGUCUGCGGACGCAGUGAUCUGAAGGCCCUAAGAAUCGCUUCAAUGGCCCUGACUCCAAAGUGACAAUUUUAGCAUGUGAACAAAAUCUGUCAGUUCCAAAGCAUGCAAGGAUGUAAACUUUUUUAUGCCGGUGUUUAGCUUUAAAUGGAUUGAUUAUCCCAUAUUCAUAAACCUUAUGAAUAAGCUAGACAGUCUUUUCCAAAAUAGUGAACAAUUAUGGCGCUGGCCGCGUCUAUCCUUAAGACAUUCCCAGGAUCCACAUGCCCGACUGAUCUACCCCUGGAGUGAAAACUUACGGAGCUUUGAUGGAGCGUGCAAGAGAGCCUGUCUUGGCACUGGUGAAUUGGAAACGGAUGCAGGUCAGGGCUAACCAAGCCCUAUAUCUGUAAGAAAGGAAUAGUCAAAUGGUUCAUUAAUUAUAACAGGUUUUAAACUGUAUGUACUAAAUAUUUUUGAAUUAAAUAAAUGUU